GUCCGGUGAGAACCCGGCGUGCUCCGUCCCGGCUUCGUAGGGAUGCGAGGUCAAUGGUCAAACGACUACGGCAUGUUGAAGCGCUGUGGGCCCUCACCAACAUCGCGGCGGGGGCCCCGGACCACGCCCAAGUCCUCACCAACAGCGGCGCGGUACCCCCCCUGGUGGUUCUGCUUGACAGUCCCAACGAGGAGGUUUUGGAGCAGGCGCUGUGGCUGCUGGGGAACCUGGCCGGGGAAGGGGCGGCGGCGAGAGACGCCGUCCUGGCGGUGGAUGCGCUGCCCCCCCUUGUGCGAUGCCUGGAGAGACACCAGGGGUCGAGGUCGUUGCUGAAGAUCGGGUCCUGGACGCUGAGCAACCUCUGCGACGGCCAACCCCGCCCUGUCCUCGACGUGCACACCGUCAUCCCCGCCCUCUCGAAGCUGCUUCAGCACACGGACAGCGAGAUCCUAAGCCACACUUGCUGGGCGCUGAGCCACUUGUGCGACGGUUUGUCCACGCACAUCCGAGCCGUGGUGGAUGCUGACAUCUGCUGGAGGCUGGUCGAGCUGCUCAAGCACCGCAGUUGGCGUGUGACGAAGCCGGCCCUCCGAACGAUCGGAAACAUUGUCUGCGCGGAGGACGACACGGACUACACCCAGCACAUCAUAGACGCCGGAGCCGUGCCCUGCCUGCAGCAGCUCAUCGCGCAUAGCAACCGGGAGAUCCAGAAGGAGGCCUGCUGGACCCUCAGCAACAUCGCGGCGGGUACGGUGGAGCAGAUCCAGACCGUCCUAGACAGCGGUGCCCUCCCUUCCCUCGUGGAGCUGGCUUCCUCUCAGUGCUUGGACCCAGCAGAUCCGGACAGCGGCGGGGCGGACCCGGAGGUCCGCAGCGAGGCGAGCUGGGCGGUGCUAAAUGCGACCAGCUGCGGCUCCGAUCACCAGAUUGAGUACUUGGUUCAAGAGGGCGGGAUAAAGGUUCUGGGGGAGCUGCUGAAUCAAAGCAGCAUGGUGAUGAUGGCCCUGGAAGGAUUGGAGAGAAUCUUGCAGGUGGGAGACAAAGAGGCGUAUCGACUGAUGGUGGGGGAUUCGGGGGGUGGCGGCGGCGGUGGGCAGCAGGCACGGCAGCUGCUCGGCCACACUCCACGUCGGGACGGUGGUGGCGGUGCGGCAGGGGGCCUCACGAAGGGAAAUCCGUACGCGGCUCUGUUGCAGGCGACCAAGAUCGAGCUCCUGGAGACGCACAAGAACACGCAAGUGGCCAAAAGAGCUCAGCGCAUUCGGAAGAGAUACUACGUCCGCUGCGCGAUCUGCAAUCAGUCCUUUUCAAAGGCGUCUCAGAGAACUCACUUUUGUCCGGAGUGCAAGUGCGAGGUCUGCCGAGACUGCGACUGCACCCGCUUCCACCUGGAGUUCCAGCAGGAGCUGUGGAAGGAAAUGUCGGAGCAGGAGGCGAACGCUCGGGCGAGCAAGAAGAGCAAGAAGCAGAAGAAGAAGCAGAAGGCCAAGGAGCGCAACAAGGCCGCCACGACCACUACCGCUGCUACCGGCGCCGGUAACGGUAGCGGCAGCGGCGGUGGUGGUGGGGCCGUUCCCACCCCGCAACCGUCUUCCAACGGCAGCACGACCGAUGUUGCCGCCCCUCCGCCGGGGCCGGGGCCGGUGCCGACGUCGACGCCGUUAAGUCAAGGCGACGGUGGAAACGCUAGCGGCGGCGGCAGCGAGGGCGUGCGCGAUGGCGGCGGGAGCAGCGCCCGUGGUGGCGGCGGCGGAUCCCUGUCAGCCAACGGGGGGAGUAGCGUCAACAGUGCCGCCGUUAGCGCGCCUAGCGGCGGCGGUGGCGGCGGCGGCGGCAACGCGAGCGGGGAGAGCAAGAAGAAAGGCAAGAGAGCAGCCGCCAGCAGCGGCGGGGUUGUAGCCAAAGGCAACGGGCGAUCCGAACCGGCACGAGUCGUGCCGCGCCGUAGCGGCACGCCGGCGCCUACUUCCGGAGCCGGGGCGCUCGCGGAGAGGAGCAACGGCGGCGGCGGCGGAGGCGUCAAGCCCACCCAGACACGAGGGCCGGGGACAACGCCGGCCGCGCCGGCGCCAGCGGCACAGCCUGCCCCCCCGGAAGCUGCCGCCCCCGUUGCCCCCGUCGCCAACGGGACGCGGCCGCCGCCUCCACCGUCACCGCGGCAACGAACAGCAGCCGUCGGCGGAGGCGCCGCCGCCGGUAGCGGGAAGGGAAAGGGGCAGCGGCGAGCGAGAGCGGCUCCGGCGGGCAAGGAAGAGGAGCGGGGGGGCGAAGGCGGCGUUAACGCCAGAGUAAGCGGGAGCGCGAAGACGCCGAAGGCAACAGCCUCUGGCGCCGCCUCCGGCGCCGCCGCGGCGGCGGGGAGCCGGAGAGUGCCCCCGGCGGCGGCGGCGGACGUAAAGCCGGCGGUAGCAGUUGGCGCCCGUUCGCGGUCGAAGGCCGCCACCGCUUCGGCUCCGGCGACCGCCGGCGCCAGCACUGGCGGAAAAACAACCGCCGCCGACCAGCAGCGCGGCGGGAAGCGAGCUGGGGGUGGGGAUGACGACAGCCUGAGGCAGAACGACAACUACGUGUCCUUCCUGAACCAGACGGGAUCGAUCCUCGCCCUGGCGCAGAUGCUGGACCGGCAGUCGCUCGAGGAGUGCUAG